GAGCAGGCUGCCACCCUCGGCGCCCAGCGGUCCAAGGAGGCCGCGGUCGAGGCCGAGCCCACUAAUACCGCGGCCCCGGGCGCGCGGCUGGCCACGGAUUCGAUGGUAGAGUACGCUGGCUGGGGGACACUGAGUGCUUACAACGACAUCUUUGUCUACCCUUGCAGCGUGGACGAUUUUGUGCUGACACUCGCAACCGGCCAGGGUUACUAUCACAGGGUCGACGGAUUACGACCCUGGUGUUCCUGGCGGACUGUGCAGAAGUAUUGA